CCUGCUGAGUCAUCUUAUAUGUUAGAGGUUUAUGGGGUUGAUCAGGGACAUGACAUAUAUACACCUGAGCAUCUCAUUGACUGAACACUUUCCAUUAAACACUUUCUGACUGAUGAGAAGGAGAGAUGAAUCUUCUCCUAAAUGACCAGACUGAUGAACCGUUGCACCUUGACCUGUGCUUGGACGAGCUUUCGCCUGAGACAGGGAUAAUCGAGCUGCUCAAAACCCUGAGACCACAGUGGAGAGCUGAGGAUAUCCAACUAAAGAUGUUUACAGAGGGCAUAACGAAUCAGCUGCUGGGCUGCUCAGUGAGCUCAGACACGGCCAUGGUGUUGGUGCGAGUGUACGGACGAAAGACUGAGCUUUUUUUAGACCGUAAGAAAGAGGUGGAGAUGCUGAAGCUGCUGCACUCACAUGGCUGUGGCCCAAGACUCUACUGCAGCUUCCACAACGGCAUCUGCUACGAGUUCCUGAAGGGCGUUACGCUGGAAGAUGUUCUGCUCCAAGAGCCUUCUGUCUACAGACUGGUCGCAGUAGAAAUGGGGAAAAUCCAUUCGAUAAAGCCAAAGUCCAGCUGCUCUAUGGAACCUGUGCUGUGGUCAAAGUUGGAUAAUUACCUGAAAUUAUUGCAGGACUGUGAAAAUGAUGAUGAUGUGGUACAGCAAGAUUCGCAGCUGGACAUUCCCAGCGUGGACGUGUUAAUCAGUGAGACGGAGGAGCUGAAAAAACACUUAAAGAGAGUGGAGUCUCCAACGGUGCUGUGUCACAAUGACCUCCUGACCAAAAACAUCAUCUACAACUCAGAUGAAGGUGGAGUCAAAUUCAUCGACUACGAAUACGCUGACUUUAACUACCAGGCGUACGACAUCGGAAACCACUUCAAUGAAUUUGCAGGUGUGAAUAACGUGGAUUACGGUCUGUACCCGAGCCGCGAGCUGCAGUGGGAUUGGCUAACAGUUUACCUCCAGAGCAUAAAAAUCAACAGCCGAGUCGACUCACAAGUCACUCAGAGAGAAGUGAACACUCUGUACGUCCAAGUCUGCAAAUUCUCACUGGCGUCUCACCUGUCCUGGGGUCUGUGGGCUCUGUUACAGGCCAGAUACUCCACCAUCAACUUCAAUUUCUUAAAAUACGCUGCUGCUCGGUUCAGCUACUACUUUAAGAAGAAGGAGGAGUAUUUAGGAAUGGCGCUUCCUUAAUACCUGAAUUAUUAGAUUUUUAUUCCCUUCUCAUCUUUUUGAGUGAAAAUAAACUUCAGAAUAAAUAAUAAAAUGCUUUACUGUGA